CGGUCGCCCUCACCCGAAGGGUCUCGUACACACGGGCAGUCUUGUGCGUUGUCUUGUCUUGUCUUGUCCUGUCUUAUCUUGUCCUGUGCUGUUUUGUCGGUCGGGGGUGGCUCACGGGUCAGGGUGGUUGGCUUUGAGUUCCUUGAUCUGCUCUUCAGCGUCUACCAGGCGCUUCUCGGCGCCAUGCUUCUCCUCCAAACACCUGAACCAAGCAUAGCACAUGGAUAGACAGAAAUGUGCCCAGACACACGCAGGCGAGCGCACCUGUUGUAUUUGUCGUUGAUGUCGGUCGCGUAUUGCAUCAGCCGCUCACUAUCCCGGAUCUGCUGCUUCAGCUGCGACUGGCUCGUCGCGCAGUAGCCAGACAAAUCGCCACAAUUCCAUACAGACAGCACACAGCACAACAGAUGCCGACAAGUCACGAGCUGGUGCCUGUGUGGGGUGAGGGAGGUAGCUGUCGAUUCGGUCUUUGAGCUCCUGUAUCUCCCUCUGCUUCUCGCGCAGCUUCCGGCUCAGCUGCAGGUUCUCGUCCCUCAGCUCGACAUGCUCCAUCAGGUUGCGACUGUCCUCCGUGCGCAUAGGUACUAGUAGGGGGUAAGGAAUGGGCUCACUGAACACACACAAACAUCACACAAGGCAUACACACGCCACCCAGCCCAUCGCGUUUUGCCGUGUUUGUUACCUGACAGCGGCCUCUUCCAUCGAGCUAUCGCCAGACAGGUUAUCCAACAGCAGACUGCUACCGCGCCCCACCGCCACGUCACCGCUACCGUCACACCCGUUCUCGCCCUCCCGCCCCUGCUCCUCCCACCUUGCCUCUCCCUCCUCUCUCCCUGCGCUUCUCUUCCUCCAUACUCGCUAUUCGUCUCGUCCUGUGCCGCCACAGACGCCUCUUCCUGCUCGCGCGAGCUGCUGCUGCUGCCGUUGAGCAGCGCCUCACGCAGCGAGAGGGACUGUGCAGCAGGUGGGAUCCCAUUGUUGCAGCCUUCUUGUUCUCUGAUUGAGCCGAAACAGGCUCCCAGCCGCCCCGCACCCGAAGGGGGCGUCUCACGGUCGUUGGCCGAGGCCGGCAUGCUGCUGCUGGAAAGCCGCAACCGGUUUCGGGCAAGCAGGAGACAAGCAAAAGUGCUUCAAUGAACAAGAGAGCUCCU